GCGUAGCGAGCGGUCGAGGCGACGCGUCGCCGUUUUCAACCCCGAAGUACGAUAAAGUCGCCAAAAUUUUCGACCGGCAGUACCACUCACCUUCCAAGGUGUUGAAGUUGGAGGACGACCCGUGGGGGUCAUGUGCCAUGUACUCACCGGAGAAGAUGAAGUCCGGUGGGGGUCUCAUGGCACCCCCGGGCUGCUUCCCUGGUCGGUACAGCCCAACGUACCGCACCUCCGACCCGCGGCGAUGUGUACCCAACCCUUCGAGUCGAAUACUCGAAGACGCAUCGUUGAUGUGCAAUUCCUGGUCACCAAGACAUAACGGUGACAUAUUCAGUGGUCUCAAUGACGGACUGUUGAGUAGAGCGGAAGCACUAGCAGCAGUGGACAUCAGCAAGCAUCAGUCAGGUCCUCAGCCUGGACCUCCGCUACCGCAACUCAAACAUGACAUGGUCUAUCACCACGGAGUCGGGGGUCCUCCUCCGCAUAACACCCGACCGCAUCAGCCUUUCUUCUCACAGAUGGGACACCAUGGCAUGGAGGGAUUAGACAUGCUUGAGCCAGGAUCUGCAACAUCUAUGACCACACUUGCUCCGAUGGGAGAAGGAGCACCACCACAUCACCAAUUACACGGCUACGGUGCAAUGAAUCACGUGAUGAAUCAUCACCAUCACACCGGUGGCCUGGCUCACGCUCCACCAGCACAUUUAGUACACCCCGGUGCUGCAUUGCAUCCUGAUACUGAUACGGACCCGCGCGAGCUCGAAGCUUUUGCUGAAAGAUUUAAACAGCGUCGUAUUAAACUUGGCGUAACGCAAGCUGACGUUGGUAAAGCUUUAGCUAACUUAAAGCUUCCUGGUGUUGGUGCACUAUCACAAAGUACAAUAUGUAGAUUUGAAAGUUUAACGCUGAGUCACAAUAACAUGAUAGCCCUAAAACCUAUACUCCAAGCUUGGUUAGAGGAGGCCGAAGCCCAAGCAAAAAAUAAGAGGAGAGAUCCGGAUGCCCCGAGUGUCUUACCAGCCGGUGAAAAAAAGCGAAAGAGAACAUCUAUAGCCGCGCCGGAAAAGAGAAGCCUCGAAGCGUAUUUUGCCGUACAGCCGAGACCAUCUGGUGAGAAAAUAGCAGCUAUUGCGGAAAAGUUAGAUCUUAAAAAGAACGUCGUCCGAGUUUGGUUCUGUAAUCAAAGGCAAAAACAGAAACGUAUGAAGUUCGCAGCCCAACACUGACCGUCGGGUGGCGGCGCUGCUCUUCUCUAUCCAGGAGCUGGAUACGGGUACUGAGUAGCCAACCGCUCCUACGUUAGCCUAGGUCACGGCUAAAACCGUCGCUCUUGGGGCUCCGGCUCAUGAGUGCUGAGAGUAUCCUGUCGUAAGCAAUAAUAUUAUCUCGUUUCCAACUCGUUCUUUUGAUAUCCUUAAAAAUUGUUCGCAAUUAUUACUUGUUGUACAUAUUGUUACAGAUUAUGGUUUUACCUUAACGACUCUUUUAAAUUUUCAAAUCACAGGGUACUUAAUAAAUUAUUAUUAUACAUAUCAACACAAAGAACAAAAGUCGCUUCUCGUACAUAUUAAUUUAUGUUAGCAAUACUUUUGUGGAGAUUUUACAAGGAAAUUUGGAAAUCAGGAUUUUAAAGAGAAUGUGCCUUGCAAAUAUUCAAUAUUCUGUGUUUAAUGUUAGUAAUUUCAUUACUGCGUGUUGCAGACUCGAAAUGGAUAUCAGAAAAGGAUGUCCGCUAAAAAUGUGCACUUAUGGUCUUGAUUGCCACCGUAGAACGUACGUUUCAAUGUCAUUGAACAAUUAAUGUUUUUAAUCAAGAACUCUAUUUAUUCGUGGGAGCAAUUGUUUGGAACUGUUCAGGCAGGCAAGUCCAAGAGUGUACAUUUAUAUAACGAACGACAAAGUGUACUUGAGACUGUGACUAGGUAAAGAGUAAAUAUUGACAUAAGACGACAAUUAUUUAGUUUUAAAUAUUUUUUAACAAAUGUUAUUUUAUUUAUAUACAGCUAUGGUUCUAGUAAGAGUUGAUCACCAAAUACUAUUAUAUACUAUACUGUUUUAUUAUAUUAUUAUUGUUUCUUACUGUACAAUACAUUUUACAAAAUAAUUACGGUUUUAAAAUGACACUCUACAGUAAUCUUUUAUAGUAGGUUGAUUAUAACAAAUAAUACUAGGUUUUUUAAUAAAGUUUCACAAAACGGCACAACUUUUACUAUAAGGAAUUAGUAGAGAACUUUAGCCAAAAUAGAAAUAAACCUCAUUGUAAAUAUGUCACAUUUCAAUCACUAGUAUAUUUAAAAUAAUAAUUAAUAUUGUAGUCAACAAUUAGUACAACGCCGCUGGAUUUUAAAAUACAUUUGCAUUACACGUUUUAAAAGCCACAAAUCUAGAUUGAGUUAGGGUGGCUAUAUUUUAUUUAGUGAAACAUUUUCUCUUUUGAAUUUCUUAAAAAGAUAUCUGGUCUAAACGCGAAGGAACAUUGCGGUAAAAAUAUUUUAAUACUAAACUGUAUAUAUAGAGAUAGAGAAAUAAAAUGUGCAAUGUAACUGCUAGGAAUAUGAUAAAUUUUAUGUAUAAAAUUAUAGAUAGA